GGAUGAGAGUAGCAGUCUAUUCAACACAACUUCAGCAUCUUUACAACACGCGAUUAGCAUCGUUCGUCAAAACAAAAUGAACUCAUAAAGUUUGAAAGGCUUUCACUCAGUCCACGUGUUGUAAAUCGCAGUAAAUAGUUUUCCGUGAUGGCCUUCACAUUAUGACAACAGCGAGUGGGCUGAACUCCUAGAAUGCUGUUCUGUGUUCAUCUUUAACUGAGGACGUGCACCAAUAAUGGCUCUUCGAAUCUUCCACCGUAUCUGUAUGACCCGUGUCAUAACACAGAGUGGCACCCCUGGUUUCUUCCAACGUUUCAACCAAUCAGCAGCUGUCUUCAAUGCUUCCAGUAUUCUUACAUGUAAAUGGGCUCGCAUAUCAUUAUGUGUGAGUCAUCUACACGGGUCGCCAGUGUUUUAUGCAAAGAAAGGGAAGAAGCACCAAAGUAAAGUUGACGUGAGUCGAUCAGUAGACGACAGUAUUCUUGAUCUGGAGGAGGUUCGUGAAGAUAUGCAGCAGGCGCUGGAUGCUCUCAAACAGGGUUACAUGAAGUCACUCAGCAUACGCACAUCACAGGGUGUAUUGGACCAUAUCCAGGUCUCAACAGGUGAUGGGAAAUUCCCUCUGAACCAACUUGGCCAGAUCACGUCCAAGUCGGCCAACAUGCUGGUUGUCAACAUGGCCAGCUUUCCAGAGGCAACACAAGCAGCUGCUAAAGCCAUCAGUGACUCCGGCAUGAAUCUCAACCCCCAGGUGACGGACACGGUGAUACAGGUCCCCAUCCCCAAGGUGACAAAGGAACAUCGGGAACAGCUGGCCAAGCAAGCCAAAGCCAUGUGCGACAAAGCCAAGAUCACGCUACGACAGAUACGCACCAACUAUGUCACUAGGAUCAAGAAACACAAGGACACUGCUUCCAAAGACACGCUCUUUGCUCUGGAGAAACAAAUCGGGCAAAUUUCAGACGCCAGCGCAGAGAGUGCGGAAAAGUUGCUGGAGGCAAAAUCCAAGGAACUCUUAGGAAAAUGAUCUUGGAUUUUGAAGAAAAAAAUAACCAAUUUGUUGGAAGAAUUGUGCCAUUGUAGUUUAUAUUGAGGAGAGUAAGGGCUGUGGCUACGACUGUUCACAACUGUGCACCAAUGGCAGACACCAUGGCAAUAGACACAGCCAUUGCUCGAUUUGGACCUAGCCUAUAAUGGGGAGAAAUUGGUGGUGCUUUGCACUACAAAUGAUGAAAGCAUACCGCAUACACAUGUAUACCUCUAAAAAGAUUUAGGAGCGUUUUGAUAUCAUAAACACCAAAAAUCUACCUGCUGAAGCCUGAAAUCAAAUAUAGGUCUGUCUUUGGCAUUAUUAUGAAGAUUUCUAACAUGCCAGCAUGCUGCUCGUGUUUGGAUACGUUUUACAGCCUGUCUCAAAAAAAAUGGUGCAAU